GCUGAUCACGUUCUACCAAAGUGAAAGAUGCGAAAACCGUUCCACGGUCGCUGUUUCACCCGGUCAAUAGGAAAGUGAACACACUCAGAUGUAAACAAGAGAAAAACAUGGCUUCGCCCUUGAUCAGGUGCUUCUCAAAGGUUGGUAGGCAGGUGUCCCGACCAUGGAGUGUAUGCCAACAUGGGCUGCGGAACAGAUCCACCCAACCAGACAUGUCUGCAGAGCAGGCUGCUGCUCUGGGGGUCUCCUACCCUCCACUACAGACAUAUUCUGAGGAGGAGGGGAUGAUGAGGGAUGCUGUGAACAAGUUUGCACAGGAGCGUCUUGCCCCGUUCGUGUCGAAGAUGGACGAAAACUCUCUCAUGGACCCGGAAGUGAUAAAGUCACUCUUUGAACAGGGGCUGAUGGGCAUAGAGAUCGACCCAGAGUACGGAGGCACCGGCUCCACGUUCUUCUCCUCCAUCCUGGUCAUUGAGGAGCUGGCCAAAGUGGACGCCUCCGUGGCCGUGCUGUGUGACAUCCAGAACACCCUCAUUAACACGCUGUUCACCAAGCUGGGGACCGCAGCCCAGAAAGAGAGGUAUCUCAGCCGGCUGUCAACAGACAUGGUUGGUAGUUUCUGCCUGUCAGAAGCAGAGUCGGGUAGCGAUGCCUUCUCUCUGAAGACGCGUGCUGACAAACAUGGAGACUAUUACGUCAUCAACGGUUCCAAGAUGUGGAUCAGCAACGCAGAGCAAGCCGGGGUGUUUCUGGUGAUGGCCAACGUGGACCCGUCUGCUGGUCACCGAGGUAUCAGCUGCUUCAUCGUGGACAGAGACACCGAGGGGCUUCAGAUCGGCAAGAAGGAGAACAAACUGGGUCUGAGAGCUUCUUCAACCUGUCCUCUCAACCUGGAUAACAUCAAGGUAGGUAGGCUCUUCAACCUGUCCUCUUAACCUGGACAACAUCAAGGUAGGUAGACUCUUCAACCUGUCCUCUUAACCUGGACAACAUCAAGGUAGGUAGACUCUUCAACCUGUCCUCUUAACCUGGACAACAUCAAGGUAGGUAUGCUCUUCAACCUGGACAACAUCAAGGUAGGUAGACUCUUCAACUUGUCCUCUUAACCUGGACAACAUCAAGGUAGGUAUGCUCUUCAACCUGGACAACAUCAAGGUAGGUAGACUCUUCAACCUGGAUAAUAUCAAGGUGGGUGCUCUUCAACCUGGACAACAUCAAGGUAGGUAGGCUCUUCAACCUGGACAACAUCAAGGUAGGUAGGCUCUUCAACCUGUCCUCUCAACCUGGACAACAUCAAGGUAGGUAGGCUCUUCAACCUGGACAACAUCAAGGUAGGUAGGCUCUUCAACCUGGACAACAUCAAGGUAGGUAGGCUCUUCAACCUGUCCUCUCAACCUGGACAACAUCAAGGUAGGUAGGCUCUUCAAACUGUUCUCUCAACCUGGACAACAUCAAGGUAGGUAGGCUCUUCAAACUGUUCUCUCAACCUGGACAACAUCAAGGUAGGUAGGCUCUUCAACCUGGAUAACAUCAAGGUAGGUAGGCUCUUCAACCUGGACAACAUCAAGGUAGGUAGGCUCUUCAACCUGUCCUCUCAACCUGGACAACAUCAAGGUAGGUAGGCUCUUCAACCUG